CCCUCGUGACGUCACUUCUGGAGGCUGUGCCGCUGCUCCAUCAAGAAACUUUCCUGGACUUCAGGAACUCCUCGGACGGACCGCAGCCGAACCAGGACGUGAAAAAAAGUUGUGAUCCGGAUCGACGUGGACGUGGACAUGACGUGGACCGUGGGGACGGCACUUUUGUUUUCUUUGACUUGGUUUGCGUGUCCAUUUUGCGUGGCCGCUCAGACACACAAGCACACCGCUGUCAGGAAGCUCUACGUACUACAGCCCGGGACCGGUCGGGUUCCAGGUCCAGGUCCAGGUCCCGGUCCCGCUCCGGGAUCGACAGGGAUACUCGUCGGUUCGGUUUCGAGGCGUCAGGCCGCGUCGGACAACCUCCAAGUCGGCCAGGCGGUUCGGACCCGCCGGAUGGAGAAGCCAGCCUCGUCAGCCCAGGAGUCCAUUGUUCGACACGCCGACCAGAACCAGAACCAAAACCAGAACCAGAACCAGAACAAGCAGCUCCUCAAGCAGUUCGGAGUGAACGUUUGUGGAGGUCAGUGCUGUCACGGAUGGAGCAAAGCCCAAGGAUCCCAGCGAUGCACAAAGCCAAACUGCGUCCCUCAGUGCCAAAACAGAGGAAUGUGCCUGAGGCCCCAGCUCUGCGUCUGCAAGCCCGGAUCCAGCGGGAAGGCAUGCGAGCAGAAGGGCGGCCCCGCCCACGGCCUCCCAGCUCAGCCUGGGAAAGGAGCGACCGACGAUGGCGGCGGCGGCCGUCCCGUCAACGGACACGCCGGCGUACCGCAGCGUCCCAUACCUCAGCGAGGCCCCCCCCGGGCUUACGACCCGCCCCCCCCACAGGCCGACAACCUUGCCCACGUGAAACUGACGGUCAAACCCGCCCCCCAGUUUGCACGGCCGCAUUACAGCCAACAGAUGCUGUCCAUGCCCGUCCACCCCAGCCAGCAGUACGUCAUCAAGCCCAAAUAUUACCAUGCACACACCACCCACACGGGGCACACCCACACGGGGCACACCCACACGGGGCACACCCACACGGGGCACACCCACACGGGGCACACCCACACGGGGCACACCCACACGGGGCAGACCCACAUUCAGCCUCAGCUUGCUAGAGCCAUCCCUCUAACGGGCCCCAACCCAAUACAAGUGGGCAACCACACAGGAAGGAUCAAGGUGGUGUUCACACCCACCAUCUGCAAAUUGACCUGUAUGGGAGGCAGGUGUCACAACAACUGCGAACAGGGAAAUACGACAACCAUCAUCAGCGAAAACGGCCAUGCCACCGAUACCCUCACAGCACCCAACUUCAGAGUCGUGGUGUGUCAUCUGCCUUGCAUCAAUGGCGGCAAGUGCAGUGCCAGGGAUCGGUGUCAGUGCCCUCCAAACUUCACUGGGAAGUUCUGCCAGAUUCCAGUUCAGGGCGGACAUCAACACCAACAACAUCAACAACACCAACAACACCAACAACACCAUCAACAACACCAUCAGACUUCAGGCGGCUACAGUCAAACUCAAGUCCAUUCCACACACACGCUGCCUCUGACCUACAGCAACGGUCCUGGAUUCAGCCCCAACAUUGUAAAAAUCCAUAUCAAGCAUCCUCCUGAAGCGUCCGUGGAAGUCCACCAGGUCUCUCGGCUGGACAACUACCAAAGUAAUGGACAAAACCCCAAAGGUUCCCAGGCGGGUUCCUCGUCAUCCUCCAGCUACAGCUUUCAUCACACCGAAAGCCAGCAGAAGGUCCAGCAGCACGGCUACAACAUUGUCUACAACGGGGACCAGGUUCCUCAGUACCAGCCCGUCACCUCUCAGAGCAUGUUGGGACGCUGCUUCCAGGAAACUCUUGGUAGUCAGUGUGGGAAGGCUCUCCCGGGGCUCACCAAACAGGAGCAGUGCUGUGGGACCAUCGGGACGUCAUGGGGGUUCCAUAAAUGCCACAAAUGUCCAAAGAAACCACCAGCUAUUCCUCUGAUCGACUGUCCUCAGGGUUACAAGAGAGUCAACAGCACCCAUUGCCAAGCCAACAUAUCUGCCGUUGAAGAGGACAAGGGCGCUUGCUUCCGUUUGGUGAGCUCUGGGAGGCAAUGUUUACACCCGGUGUCUGCCCAGCUGAGCAAACAGCUCUGCUGCUGCAGCGUGGGCAAAGCCUGGGGACCCCAUUGUGCCAAAUGUCCCCCUCCAGGAACAGCCAUGUUCAAAGAGAUCUGCCCCGGUGGAAUGGGCUACACUGUUCUUCCAAAUCCGCCUGCCAAUAAUAAUAAUAAUAAUAAGCCAGUGACCGUGAACCAGAUGCCCGUCGAUCCAUUGACCCCACACCCGUCACCGACACUGGAAAAACCAGUGGUGGUUCUGGGGAAGCCGGAAGAGAUUAUACCAGAGGUUGUGGAGCAGAGUUCCCCCCCCGUUCCAGUGGAAAUGUUCCCUUCCAAUGCCGGCCAGGACAUUGCUCCCACCCAGGCUGCCGAGGUGGACGAAUGCCAGAUCAACCCAUACAUUUGCGGUCAGGGGGUUUGUUACAACACCGCUGAAGGCUACACCUGCCACUGCCAUGACGGAUACCGCUUGAACGAUGACCUCACUUCCUGUGUCGAUGUAGACGACUGUUUGGAGAGUCCGUCCUUGUGCUCCGGCGGUCUGUGCCAAAACACCGAGGGUAGUUUCCUCUGUGUGUGUCCACAAGGAUUCCUGGCUGAUGAAGAGGGAACCAGUUGUGUGGAUGUUGAUGAAUGUGCAAACAGGACAGUGUGUCUGUCGGGUAUCUGCGUGAACACACCCGGCGGUUACAAAUGUGGCUCCUGCGAUCCGGGCUUCUGGGCACAGGGGGGCCAGUGUGUCGAUCUAGACGAGUGCCAGGAUCAUCGUGUCUGCACGAGGGGACACUGCGUCAACACUCAAGGUUCCUUUAUCUGUCAAUGUGGUCCAGGUUUCAGACUGUCCCUGAAUGGAGACCAGUGCGAUGAUGUGGAUGAGUGUUCGGAGGAAGCCGAGCCCUGCCAGUCGGUCGGGGAGUGUCGUAACAACAUGGGUUCCUACAUUUGCAUCUGCCCGCACGGCUACAGACGCAUGGACGGCCCCACCUGCACAGAUGUCGACGAGUGUGUGGAUGAGCCUGACCUCUGCUCCCCUCAUGGCGAAUGUCUGAACACGGAGGGAUCCUAUCUGUGUGUGUGUGGGAGUGGAUUCACUGCUAAUCUGGACACGCCCUCCUGUGAAGAUAUCGACGAAUGCGGACUCAAUGAGACAUUAUGCAGUCCUCACGGUUUCUGCGAGAACAGACUGGGUUCGUUUCGAUGCCUCUGUGAUCAAGGCUACCAGGAAACGCCCGAUGAGCAAGGCUGUACGGAUAUCGAUGAGUGCGCGUUGCUGAGUAGCGUCUGCGGGGAAGCUCAGUGCGUGAACGUCGACGGUUCCUUCCUCUGCGUGUGCCCCGCUGCUCAAGAGUACAACGUCAUGGUUGCCAGAUGUGAGCCCGUUCCGACAGCUUCAUCAGUCGAGCGUAAGGAGUGCUACUUCCGUCUGAAUGAUGAGAACUUGUGCGAGAGUGUGCUCACCAGCCACGUCACCCUGCAAGAGUGCUGCUGCACAUUGGGGGCGGGCUGGGGGGACAACUGCGAGGUUCAUCCUUGUCCUGUCAAUGGAACGGACCAGUUCAAGCAGAUGUGUCCAUCAGGAAAAGGAUUUAUCCCGAGUGGAGAUUCGCUUUAUGAAGUCCCGACCGCCGAAAGCUUCAAAAAUGCCGAUGAGUGCACGCUGUUUGGUCAGGAGGUUUGCAAAGGAGGAUUUUGUCAGGAUACCGUGGGAGGAUAUGAGUGUUACUGCAAGACAGGGCAGGACUACGACCCUGUCAAACUGGAGUGCAGAGACAUCAACGAGUGCCUUGAUGAGUCGGUGUGUCUUGGAGGACAGUGUUUGAACACGGAAGGUUCCUACAUUUGUUUCUGUACGCAUCCCACGGUCUUGGACCCCAACAGUAACCGCUGCGUCUUUGUUCCUGAGGCGACUGCGCAACACGAAGGAGGGCAGAUUGACUUCCAAGGUAUCUGCUGGCAGAAGGUGACCCGAUCUAUGACGUGCACCCAGCCGCUGGGUCCCAACAGGAAGACGACGUUCACUGAGUGUUGCUGUCUCUUCGGAGAGGCGUGGGGCAUGGACUGUGCCUUAUGCCCAACCAAAAACACCGGUGAUUAUGCCACCAUGUGUAACCUUCCUAUGGCUGGUGGACUGCAUCCUUACGGCCGUGAUGCUCUUGUUGCUGCUCCGGUUCACGAAUACGAAGUGAGCCCAGACUACUCACCAUCGCCUGAUCAGCAGCCAUUUUACGAUCACGAGGAGUAUCCGUACCAGCCUUUUGAGGGUUUGCGCGCGGAGGAGUGCGGGAUACUGAACGGCUGUGAGAACGGCCGCUGUGUUCGAGUCCAGGAGGGUUACACCUGUGAGUGCUUUGACGGGUACACGCUGGACCUGUCCCGCAUGGCCUGCAUCGAUGUCAACGAGUGUUCCGAACUCAACAAGCGCAUGUCGCUGUGUAAAAAUGCAAAGUGCGUCAACACGGUGGGUUCCUACCGAUGCGAGUGCCUUCCGGGCUUCGCCGCCUCGGAAAAAGCCAACUACUGCGUGGAGACGGCGGCACGGCAAAGAUCAACACACACACAGUGAGUGUGGACGGACUGGAGUGGAGUGGAGUGGAGUGGAGUGGGCGACCAGAGACUCUGAAAGCAGACGGCCAAACUCCUGACUUCUUAUUUAAUGACAUAUGUAAGAUCUUAUGGGUAUUUUUGACUCAACUAAAAUGUAUUCUAUUUAGUGGUGGCCAAUUACAAACAUUACAUGAAUUUUUUUGUGCGAUCCGUCGCGAUUAAUCACAUUGCUAUGUAAUUAUUCUCAUUUAUAUUUGGAACAAGAAGCUUCCAACAAAGAAGGUGCUUUUUUUUACAGCAGUAUUUUCAUCAGUAAGGGUGUCACGAUGUCGCUAUUCACAAGUUCUUGCGAGAUUAAAACGUAAAAAAAAUUAAUCUCAUGGGCACAAGGCUUGGGACAAUUAUAAAUUAAUCACACAAUAAAUAAAAAUUGGCAAAUUUUGCCGGCUUUGGUAUAUUGCCAUGUGCAUGCGUGUCUGUUUUCCUCGUGCCCCGCCCUCCAAACAGGCAGGAAGAGGGUUCACUCUGUGCAUUGCUUUCAGUAUUCCUUCAAAGUAAAGUUCAAAUAGACUUGAGUGUCUCGUGACCCCCUUACUCUUUAGAGAUUCUGAUACUUCAUGAAUGUAAUCAAAGCAAACAAAAAACCAAAGCUAUUUGACACUGCCAGAUAUGGGGGGGUGGUGGGGGGGCAAUACUGCAAGUGUCCUGGGCCAGUACAGUCGUCCCUCGCCACGAAUUUCCCGGCUUCACUCUUAUCACAGUUUUACUAAUAGAUCACGCUGUUUCAUGGUCGAAUAUCACCUGUUAUUAUUCAGAAAAUAUGCAUAUUUAAGCAUAUUUUAUGUUUUUUUUUUUGCUGGUCUCAAGUCUCAACAAAGACUUGCAGUCAUGACAAGACACGUCGAGUCAAGUCCAAAGUCGCAGACAAGAUCUUGUGAGAUUAAAACGUGACUUUCUUGUGCAGAAAAAAUGUCCCGUAGGCACUAGUCAUGGGACAAUAAUAAUAAUACAUAAAUGAGUUAAUCACGCAAUACAUUGAGUUAAUCACUCAAUAUUUGCUUUGUUUUCCUCGUCCAAAACAGGCAGGAAGAGGGUUGCAUUGCUGUCAGCACCUUGGAGAGGCCCAUCUGUUGUUGGCAUAUGCAUAUUUGGCAUACAUUAUAUUUUGGCAUACAUACUGGUGGCCAGCCAAUCACAGGGCACAUAUAGACAAACAACCAUUCACACUCACAUUCAUACCUAUGGACAAUUUGGAGUGGCUAAUUAACCUAGCAUGUUUUUUUUUUUACUUCUAAGAGCCAGUGGCGUCAUUAGGCCUAUUUUAAAAUGUUCUUAAGCCCUCUUAAAUAAUUUUAUAUUUUUUAUUGAUUUUUUUUCAUUGAUUUAAAAAAAAAAUUUCACAAAAAAAAAGUCUGACAAAUUGUAUAUAAUAGGGCUAAUAAGCGAGCCCAUAAGAAGGCUAAUACUAGCCUACUACUACUAGUAGUACUAAUAAUCAUUCAUUCAUUUUCUACCGCUUAUCCUCACUAGGGUCGUGGGGGCGAGAGGCGGGGUCCACCCUGGACUGGUGGCCAGCCAAUCCCAGGGCACAUAUAGACAAACAACCAUUCACACUCACAUUCAUACCUAUGGACAAUUUGGAGUGGCUAAUUAACCUAGCAUGUUUUUGUUUUUUUUACUUCUAAGAGCCAGUGGCGUCAUUAGGUCUAUUUUAAAAUGUUCUUAAGCCCUCUUAAAUAAUUUGAUAUUUUUUAUUGAUUUUUUUUCAUUGAUUUUUUAAAAAAAAAUUUGACAUGCAAACUCCACACAGAGAUGGCUGAGGGUGGAAUCGAACUCGGGUCUCCUAGCUGUGUGGCCUGCGUGUUAGAUAAAAAAAUAUUUGUGUCAAAGGGAAAGCAAUGCUUGAAAUAAAAUUUUUGUUUCGUCCCUUUUUUAGUCGGGAACUGAUAUUUUCCUCAAACCUAACUAUAUUACUAAUUACUAAAAAAAAACAGAAAAGGGUAGAAUUUAUUAUUUUUUUCCGUGUUUUUUCCGUAUUCAACUAAAAAACAGCCUGAUUUAUUCAUGAAUGUAUAUUUGGAAAACGGUGAUAGAGUGAAGCCCCAAAAUUCCAAAGCACAAAGUGACGAGGGAUUGCUGCAUAUUUCAAUUACAGCAGAAUGUUUUUCGUGGAUGAUUAAGAAUAAAAACAUCUUCUAUCAAACAUCAUUAAAUAUGAUGAAUGGUGGCGUUAAAAUUAUGGACAAAUGUUUUAUUUUAAGUAUUGAAAACUGAUUUGUGUUUAAGUUGAGUAUUUUUUUUAUAUUUAAGCCAAAACCCCACGUGCCUGAAAGGAGUUUUAUUCCACUUCCUGUCAUUCCGGUUCAACAUCCAGAGGGGUGGAGCCCAUUGACUGGAAUUGAAAUAUCAAAUUCCGAAUUUUGCACCAGCCUGCAUAGAAUAAUCUGUUAAGUUUUUAUUUUAGCAUCAAGCUCCCGCAAAGCUGAAUAUUUGAUGACGUGGAAGACGGCUGAGUUGGGUAAGAGCAAAGCAAAGUUUGGGUUCUCUCUUAGCGCUUUUCCUCAGUGCUUCUCAACUGGCGGGUCGGGACCCAAAAGCGGGUUUUUGGAACUUGGGGAAAGAAAUGUAAGAAUGAUGUGAACGCACCUCACUAUUGGCUCGGCCGUAUCUCGGCCGUAUAGAGGAAGGACGCCAGGUCCGUCAAUCGUCCGACACACAGCUGCAGAUAUCUGCUGGAGAUGAGCGUGCUCUAAAAAGGCAUCGAAGGGGUCAUACUGUGUCUCCCAGUCAAACCAGUUGACAACCACUGCUCUACCUUAUUGUCUUGCUUAUUAGCCUGCUUUUGCCCUAUUAUAUAACAUUUGUCAGACAUUUUUUUUAUUUAAAAAAAAUUGAAAAAUUGAUGAAAAAAAAAAAAAACAAGAAAAAAUAUAAAAUUAUUUAGGGGGGCUCAAGAACAUUUUAAAAUAGGCUAAAAUGGUUAUAUUGUCUUAUUUAUUUCUAUUUGCAGACACUGACCCAGGAGUUGUGUCUUAGGGUGUCCACGCAUUUGGCCUGAGCCCACACCCGUUUAAAGCUAGUGUGAGCCCACUCAACCUCGCCACUUCCUGUCUUUUGGCACAUUUUAGUCUUCUGUGUGUUCCAUUCGGUUUGCGGUGUGUCCUCCGUCAUUGGACUUUAAAUAGAAAGCAUCUGCUAAGACAAAUAAGUAUUUUCCACUUUCAUUUCAGACCGAGCUUUUUGACAUUUCCACUUUUUGGGACUGAGUUCCUGAAACUGGAGAGUGGCUGUGAUUCUUAGACAGGAAAUGAUGUAUUUUUGUGAAACCUCUUAAAUUAAAUUCAACAUUUCAAUCACA